AUGCAAAUCUACGGGCCGCUGCACAUUUGCGCAUACUUGUUCGGCGUUUUCCCGGCCGUGGCGGACACCGGCCGGUUCCGGGUCCAUUGGCCGGGGCUGGCGCUCAAGGCGUUCCAGACGGUUUUCUACUGGCUGGUGUCGCUGGUCGUCGGCGUCACGUCCAUCCGGAAUCUGCUGAACUACCAGAAGCUCACCAAAAAGAUACUUACCACCCGCGUGUUGGACAUCGACGAACUGUUCGUGUACAUGAUGUUCGCCGGCAUGGCGGCCACCGCAGCGUGCCAGGCCCACAUGCUCUGGCCGUCCGUCGCCCGGGCCGUCAACGAGUGUUUCUUCGACCUGUGCCCGUCGCACGACGGCGUAACCGGAGUCUGGCAGUUUUGCUCCGCGUUCGGCAUCUUGCUGUUCGUCGCCUACGAGUUGGCCAUGUACUACUUCCUGAUCACGUACAAGUCAGUAAUCUCUGAACAAAGCGCGUGCUAAUUUUUUUCGAACAAUAAACGAUGGCAACGGCGGACUGGUAAUAGGUACUCCUCGCACGGGUCCUCUAAACUGCUAAUAGAACAGUCAGUAACCACCCGGCGUUCGGCGCCAACGUGUUCUACUGCACGGUGUCGUAGCCAGGGGAAAAUGCCGGGGGCACUUGCCGCUACAACUCCCCCCCUUUAUCUUUGUUUCCUUUUAAAUAAAUAUUACUUUACACAAAUUCGCUAUGUUAAGACCGAGUAUUGUUAGUAAUACAGAGUGCUCUCACUGUCAUAAGUAUUGUAAAAUAUAUCGGUUUAUAUUAUUACGUAUGAUACACGAUUCAAUGAUUGCAGAAAAACCGAAAUAUUUCGCUAUUCGAGCUACCCGAGAAGCAUCUGUAUACACCUAAAAGAUUCCGAUUAUGACUUAAAAAACGAACGAUUUGAAUAGUCCCAGAGGAUUCUGUUUCCAGACUUUGGUGAACAAUUUACGGGUAGCCCACUCGUUAGCAUUUUCAAUAAUAAACUUUAGUAUUAGAUAAAUAAUUAAAUAAUUACAUUUACAAAUUGCUUAAGAGAAUGAAAAAUUAUUCUUUACAAAAAAAAAAAAAAAUGUUUUCAUUAUUAUAUCUGUGUUUUAAAUGUAUUUAAAACGGUAAGUGCAGAAAAAUAAUAUGCCCGAAAAUUUGAAAAAUGACUGUAAAAGGUGCGUUUAUGUUAAUUUUUAUAAAAUAUCGAGAUGAUUAAUUGUUUGAAAUGUGAAAAAUAAUCCGAUUUAUCGCGUAGCUUCUUCUCAGUCUUGCGUAGGCUGUUCUUCACGCCUUCUGUGAAAUUUUGUUUAGGGACAUGUCCUCUUUCUGCAGCAAUUAGCGAUCCAUAUAUUGUCUCGAAAAGACCAAAAACUUUGUUUUGACUUAACGUUGUAAAACUGAAGGGGUAUAAAUAUUAAGUGAUAAGGGAAUAAGGGAGUCGUAAAAUAACAGGUGAUUAGUUUUGGUACACCACUACAACUGCCCCCUGCCCAAACUUAAAAGCGAAAUGUCUCGUCAAUGGAUUGACGAAUAUCAAACAUUUCAACCAGCAACGCGUAUUUUAACAAACGCUAUGUCUGUAUUUAUGGAAUUCGUAAUACAGGUCGCCGUGUAAAAAUCAAAAGUAGUCCCCGAAAAUAAAGUGCACGGAAAGUAGGUGAAGUGAAAUUGUAGAGCUGUUUCUUUCGAACGCGUUCUGUCAAACAAAUCCCGGAAAAAGUUAACGACGCUCCUAGACAACGAGUGGGCCCGCUCAAACGGUCCGCCUUGCAUAUCCAUCGCGUGAUAUACCAUAUUUAUGUCUAUUGUAGAUUCACGUUUGCUUCGGCCAAGCUGAUCUGCCUGUUCCCGCCGCUGUCGAACAUCACAUGCAUCGUGAUCGAGCAGUUUUUCUACCUGAUGUGCAUAUCGUUGUAUCUUCGGCUCCGGAUCUUGCACAACGACAUCAAGACACUGGUGCACAAGGCCGAACACCCGCGGUGGAGGUGCCGGGUGGCGGGCGGCGGAGAGGCUGGCCCGGUAGCCCCGGUCGGCAUACCCGCGUUCAGCGUCUCCGACAUCCGCGACCUCAGGGCCGUCCACCGCGCCUGCAUGGAGCUGUUCGCCCGCAUCAAUUUCCUGUUCCAGUUGCCGCUGUCCCUGUGCAUGUUCGACUGCAUGUUUCGCAUCGUCGUCUACAUGUACGGCGUCGCGUUCGAAGUGACCAUCGUCAUAUGGGAGAAAAAGAAACACAUCAACUACGUGAACACGGCCCUGUGGACGGGCUACUGCGUCGUCAGGGUCGUCCGACUGUGGUACCUGCACAUGUGCGAACACUACGUCACCAAAAAGGUAACGCGCGACGGCAACACCCCGGAACGGCCGGGCGAGCUACCCCGAGUCCGGGACGCGUUGUUUGUUUGCUCUGCUCGUGCGAACGGAAAACCCGGCGCGAAUCUCGACCGUAUCCGAAACGCGGGCACGCGAGUCGCCGAAAAACGCGUCACGCCGGGCAUUCGCGAUUUAUUACGCCGAUCGCGCCGUCAACCACCGCGGCGACAAAAGAUCCGCCGCCGUAAUCGUAUCGCGUCCGGGAACACCGGUUUUAUCACGUGCGCGUCACGGUCGACGCGAAGACCACCCCCCCCCCCACCGGCCGAACAGCGGCCGCGUCCGGGUCCCGUCCCGGGUGUAAAACAUGCACGCGCGCGGUAUUUACCGCCCGUCGGUCAGCCGUACACGCGUCGCGCGCGUUUGAUCGGCGUCCAGCGGUACCGGCGAUUUCCGGUGAACAUUUAAAAUCCGAAAAUGGAAAACGGUCGGCGUUUUUCGAUUUUAAUAGGACACGAUCGACCGGUGACCCCCGGGGAAAUAGAGACGACGGGUAAAUAGUAUUUUAUCCGGAUUCCGAAAUACCGUAAACGAGAUUGCGACGAACGAACAAUCCGUACAAAAAUGCAUUGCGGUGUUCGGAUGUGUAACAAGUGUAUGAAUACAGGCGUUCGGAAAUUAUAAUGUAGGUACGUGAAAAAUAACUUCUAUGUUCAGCUACGAUUCAAUCGGUUCGUUCGUCGUUUCGUCAGGUAAAACGACGUUCUGCGGUCCGGAUAAGACCAUUGCGCUGGGCAAUUAUUGAGCAUACAGUCGACAACGUCGUUGCACGCGAUCGUGUCGGUAUUAUUUUCCGUUCGGAUAUUCUUCCGGCUAUCGAGAAAUAUACGCGGUCGUGUUGUCAAAAAGGACGAACGCGCGCAAUCGUGUGCGGCCGCUCGAGAUUACUGGGGGACGGCGAUUAGUCGUCUUUCGCAAACUGUCCGCCGGGUGUCGAGGGGGUCGUGCGACGUUUCGUCGUACGCUCCGGCCCGAAAAACGCAAACCCCCCCCCCAGGUAGUCGGGUUUUUAUGCAAUAGACCUCCGAACGGACAUUCCGCCGAAACCGCGUUUGCCGUCAGAUUACGGUUCGUUUUGAAAAACCGAGCCUACGUACGUUUACACAAUAAUUGUAUGCGCACCGUGGUUUGAAUUGUAAUUACGCGAAUAUCGAUAAGAAACCGCGAGUAAACGAAUUCAAAAACAACUGCAAAUCAAAACGUCAAAACGAAAUAUACUAAUCCAACCGGAUUUUCUGUUCAACAAUAAUUUUCUCUUAAUUUGAAUUAACGACGGGUUUUUUUUUUUUUUUUUUUUAUUCUGUUUGAUCACAUAUAGAUUAUACCGAUGCGUUUAUCGUUGAGCUGGCUCUCGUUGAUUUUGAAUCCCAUCACAAGCCGACGACUGAUUCCCGAGGUAAAGCACACUUAAAAAACGAUUCUGAGCGAAGUUCAAUUGAAAGAGUCACUUUGUUAACAAUACAUAUCAUAUUAUGGUAAAAUAAUAUUACAUAGGCAUUAUAUAUUUUCUUUAAUAAUUAAUAUUUGUUUAAUAUUGUACCGAUUUUCCCGGUUUUUCCAUUUAUUGGGAAAACUCCUGGGAAAAUCAAAAAAUGACCCCCUUGAAGUACCUCCCCAGUCAGAUUUUUUUUCAGAAAAAGUGCUUUCAUUGUAAAUCAGAGAAAAAUUGCUGGUAGAAAAGUUGUCCACAGGAAAAAAAAAUACUCACAAUUCAAAAGUUAAACAUUGUGUUCAGUUUUUCUAGAAGUAUUAAAUGAUAACGCAGAAAACUGUGGUAUAGCGUGGUAGGACCAGAUCCGGUAAAAAUCCAGGAUACGAUAUUUCAAAACAAUACAAUGCUUCAUUAAAUGGAAACAACGUGAAUUUAAAAGUAGAUCUUUCUAUUAUAAUCGGCUACAAGCAGUGGCCGUAGCUAGGGGAUAGGCCUGAUAAGCCCGGGCCUGCUCACUUUUUUCCGAAAACAAACACAAUUUUAAAAUCGAAAAUUUGUAUAAGUAUUUAGUAGUCUUUCCUAUUCAAACAUUAUCUAUAUUAUUUUAUCUUGCCUAUACAGAAAAAUAUUUCUAGUUUCGCCUCUGGCUACAAGCAAUGAAAAUAAUGCAUUUCGUAAAUUUUGACGUUUUUCCUAAGUUUUUCCCCGGCUCUUCCUAAUUAUUAUGUAAACUGCUCGGGAAAUCAAAAAAAAUGACCUCCUUAAAGUAUCACCCAGAUAAAAUUUCCCUUCAGAAAAGGAAAUUGAAAAUUGAAGCAAGAUUUCUGGUAGAAAAUUUGUUUACAGAUAAAACAAAUAAACAUCAUUGUAAAACUAAUAUAUUCCUCGCUUCGCUCAGCAUCUAAACAUACAGGUACAUAGACAUAUGACAUUUAAACUGGUAAAAUGUACGAUUUUCGCAGAUAAUUUUGUUUCAACACCAACUCGACGUGAUCAAAUCCAAAUUCGAAAUAUUUGGCGUUUUGAACAUCAACAUGGCCUUAUUUUACGCAGUAAGAUUUUUAUGGAAUUUGAUGCAAACUAAUUGGCUGUUUACACGAACAUAUAUUGUAAUUUAUAUUCGUGGUUGUUCUGUUUCUAUAUAGGGAUUCGGCACUACGUUGGCGUACAUAGCUUUAUUACUACAGCUCUUCGCGUUUAAUCAGAUCUCAAUGGCGACUAUUUCCUCGUCGCUGAGUAACGGAACGAGUCCUGACAAUUAA